AUGUCUGCUGCGGUCGCACCCAGUGUGUCGACGCUCUCGAACACCCUGACCUCCAUGGACUCGAAGAUUCCCCAGACAGAAGACCCGCAGGCCGUGUCUUCAGAGACCAAGGACCAAAAAUCGACCGUAGAAAACACCUCGUUGGCACCGCCUCCACGCCCCGGGGCCAACGCCGCCAGCGAUACUCCCGACUACUUCAGUUCCAUCCACAACACCUUUUCACUGGAGCCCAAUCCAUUCGAGCAGUCUUUCGGUGGGAACUCGGGCGAGACCCCCGGAAAAUCCUUACUGCCGCCCGUCGCGGCGCUCACCUCCCCCGCCCUCCCAGGCUCAAAUUCAGCCGGCGGAUACAACUGGUCCAACUCCCUACGCUCGGGGCCUCUGAGCCCGGCGAUGCUUCCUGGCCCAACCGGUUCUAAUGACUACUUCGACAGCAUUGGUAGAGGCUUCCCGACCCCGAACGAGUCUUCCCUUCGCACGGGUCUGACCCCUGGUGGUGGAGGCUCGAUGUUCCCAGCUCCCAGCCCCAACUCUCAAGCUUUACUCCAGCAACUCCAGAGUGGUGGCGCAACCCCGUCGACAAUCGAAUUCCAUCGCACCGCGUUAGCCGCCAAGAAGAACAAUUCGAACGGUCCUACCUCGAACGCAACCGAACCAGAACAGCCUGCCCCUAACAACGCUAUGGACGCCAAGGGCCGCCAACCCGCUACCGCCGACUUUACCCAGCAUGAUGCCGCUGAUGCCGCCAACGGCCUCUUCAUGCUGGCUAAAGGUGGUCAACAGAUGAAUCAAGGGUCUGCUAUGCAGAAUGACACCCGCGCCGCUGCCGCGGCGCGACGUGUGUCGCAAAACACCAAUGGCAAUAGCGGCCAGGAGAUGAGCGGUGACGGAUCGGACCAAGAGCUCUCAAAGCCAGCCAAGGGCAAGGGCAAAAAAAAUGCGCCCAAGACCAAUCUGGCUCCCAAUAACCGGCGCAAGGCGGAUGAUAUGGCCAAGGGCUCGAACAAGAAAGCGAAAACCAGCAUCGAAUCGCCAUCGGAUAUGGAUUCGGAAGAUGAAGCAUUAUCAAAGGGUGCUCUGGAUCCAAAGAAGAUGACCGAUGAAGAAAAACGACGAAACUUUCUGGAGCGGAACCGUGUGGCGGCUCUCAAGUGUCGUCAACGGAAGAAGCAGUGGCUCGCAAAUCUCCAGGCCAAGGUGGAGCUCUUUACCACCGAGAAUGAUGCCCUGACCGCUACCGUUACUCAGCUUCGAGAGGAGAUUGUCAACCUCAAGACUCUUCUUUUGGCCCAUAAGGAUUGCCCCGUCUCGCAAGCCCAAGGCCUUGGUCCUCUUAUGAUGAAUGGCAUGUCAACUGGAUUUGAUCCUCAUGGUUACAUGCCUGGCCAGAUGGGCAUGCCGCCUGGCGCACCUAUUCCGGCCCAGGGUAUGCGCCGAGCAUGA